UUCAUUGUCUAUAAACCUCUUCAAUCUGUUUUCCCUCCUACCUUCCCAUCUGUUGAAAGGAAGGAUCUUACCCUUAAUCUGUUAAGAUCAAUGAUCAUACAACAGGUAUUUCUCUUUAAGUCUCUUUUUCUGUAAGUUUAAAGAAAAACAUAGUUGGUCAGCUUCACCAUAUUGAUGCUUACACAUAUUUGUGAUUUAACUGAUAUUAGCAGCAACAUAUUAGUGGUUUCUCCUCUCUCACGUGCUGUGAAACUCCCGCCACCACUAAUCUGAUUAUAAACAAUUACGUCAUUUGAGAAUUAGCUGGGGACAGAUGCAGGGAGGGUUUAAAAACAUGUAGCUCAACAAGACUUUUGGAAAGCUAGCAGAUGAGUUUGGACCUCAGGUUCCUCAGAUCAAAUUAUGUACAUCUGAAGCGUUUCACCAGAAAUCAGGUGUUAAUGCAGCCUCUACUUACAUUUAUUUAUUAGACUUGGUCAUAUUAAACUGGAAAACCUGGAAUACACUUCCUUACUGAAAUAUCAGUAAUUUUGACUCUUGAACUUCAGUAUCACCGAGUUUGAUAAAGACUCAAAGAUAUUCACGUUCAUUAACAAGCUUACGAUAAGAUGGAUGCCGUGGUGAAGAGAUCUCUGGGUGCUCCUCUCCGACAGCUGACCAGCUGCGUGACGGGGAACAAGGAUGGAUUUAGCCGGAAAGGCAAGAGCGUCCGCAGGAAGAGCGCCCCCUGCUGCUACGGUCAGACAGGACUUGACUCAUCCUGGUUAAGGACUUACCAGGCAGAACUGCACAGGGAAAGGAAAUUGAGGCAAGUCAAGUUUGCGCAGAAGAACGCAGAAAGAACCGCAAUGAGGACACAUCAUAGAAGUCCACACCGCCUCACAAAGACACCGGUUCAGAGGGCAAACCUAAAAAGCAAGGCCGCCACCAAAAAUGACAACUCUCUUUUUGGCGCCUUCCAAGGGCUCAGUCUGAGCAUGAGUGGAGUACAAACCUCUGUAACAUCAUCAUCAAGUGCAGAUCCAUGCAAAGUCAUGUGACGACACAGAAGGAAAACAUUUAAGUGACUCUGAUGGUGCCUCAAACUGCACUGACACUCUAACUGCUGGUAAACAACUGAACUUAUGCAUCAACUUAUGUUUCUUUACUUACAUUUUUCCAAUAAAGAUGAUCAACAUUUUA